AUGGGCUCCGUGCUGCCCGGCGCGGGCCUCGCCCUCAAGGCCGCCUUCAAGCCGCAGCCGCUGUCCCUGGCUGACGUCAUCACCUCCGAUAUCCUGCACAGCUUCCUGUACGGGAGGUGGAGGCACGUGCUGGGCGAGCACCACCACCUGCUGGAGGAGCGCCCGGCCGCGGGUUCGAGUCCCAAGACGGCGUUCACGGCGGAGGUCCUGGCCCAGUCCUUCUCCGGAGAAGUCCAGAAGUUGUCCAGUCUGGUUUUACCGUCUGAGGUGAUCAUAGCUCAGAGUUCAGUGCCAGGUGAAGGUCUGGGGAUUUUCUCCAAGACAUGGAUCAAAGCCGGGACAGAGAUGGGCCCGUUCACCGGACACCUCAUCUCCCCCGAACACGUGGACCUCUACAAGAACAAUAAUCUCAUGUGGGAGGUGUUUAAUGAGGAUGGCUCAGUAAGGUAUUUUAUUGAUGCCAGUCAGGAGGACCAGAGGAGCUGGAUGACUUAUAUAAAGUGUGCCCGAAAUGAACAGGAACAAAACCUGGAGGUGAUUCAGAUUGGGAGCAGCAUCUUCUACAAGGCUGUGGAGACUAUCCCCCCAGACCAGGAGCUACUGGUCUGGUAUGGAAACUCUCACAACAGCUUUCUGGGAAUUCCAGGAGUCCCCGGGACAGAUGACGAGCACAGCAAGAAGAACAAGAUAGACGACUUUCAUUCCUGCGACGGCUCCUCUUCCUCCUCCUCCUCUUCCUCGCUGGUCACGGCGGGGCGCAUGCGCUGUGUCAUCUGUCACCGUGGCUUUAACUCCCGCAGUAACCUGCGCUCGCACAUGCGCAUCCACACGCUGGACAAGCCGUUCGUCUGCCGCUUCUGCAGCCGCCGCUUCAGCCAGUCGUCCACGCUGCGCAACCACGUGCGCUUGCACACGGGCGAGCGGCCGUACCGGUGUCACGUGUGUCAGUCCGCCUACUCUCAGCUGGCCGGCCUGCGCGCGCACCAGAAGAGCGCACGCCACCGGCCCAGCAGCGUUUCCGUGGCAACGGGGACAGUAGGGGGCGGGGUCCAGGCUGGGCACUCCCCCCCGCCCCCUACCGCACAUGCACACGCACCGAUGGCCGUGGCGUCGCACCCGGCUUCGCUUGUUCACCAUAUGACCACUAUGGUACUAUGAGACGCGCGCGCGCACACACGCGCCGCACACGUUGCUGUUCAACACUAGUUCAAUGGGAAGUGGAAAACAGGAUUCAUCGCUGGGAUGAUGGCGGGAUGAAAGAGUAUCGGGGGUGGUGACUGGUUAAAUCAU